UAAGUUGGUGUGUGACAGUAGGCGUGUGUGUCCGUGUAAAGUGAUCGUGGCAAAGCAGAGAGAGAGAGAGGGGGGGAAAUGUAGCACUGGGACUCUCCUCUGUCACUUUUACUUGUAAUCAUUUGUCCGGCGCUGUCCACGGCGCAAUGGGGACGUUUUGAAGCGCCUGCUUUAUGAGGAGUCGCAUUGUACGAAUGAGCCACGCAAUGCGACCAGGGAGAGCUGCCUCUCGGAGGAUAUAUUGCGGCUUCUGGACUGCUUCGUCGGAGUAGCUUGGUGCUAGCGCGGGGCUAACGUCUUGUGCUGGCUUCUCCGGAGCGUAUCCUGUCAAGAUGCUGCGGUGGAUACGGCAGCAGCUGGGCUUUGACCCUCCUCAUCAAAGUGACACCAGGACUGUUUAUGUAGCAAACCGUUUCCCUGAGCAUGGCCAUUACAUACCGCAGCACUUCGCAGACAACAGAAUCAUCUCAUCCAAGUACACAGUUUGGAAUUUUGUCCCCAAGAAUCUGUUCGAGCAGUUUCGCAGGAUAGCGAACUUCUAUUUCCUCAUCAUCUUCCUUGUGCAGUUAAUGAUAGACACUCCAACUUCCCCAGUUACCAGCGGGCUGCCUCUCUUCUUCGUGAUCACAGUUACAGCUAUUAAACAGGGCUACGAGGACUGGCUGAGGCACAAAGCGGACAACGAGGUGAACGGAGCUCCAGUGUUUGUGGUUCGCAGUGGGAGUCUGGUCCAGACAAGAUCCAAAAAUAUCAGGGUUGGGGACAUUGUCCGUGUUGCUAAGGAUGAGACGUUCCCAGCCGACCUGGUACUGCUGUCGUCGGACCGUGCGGACGGCACCUGUCACAUCACCACAACAAGCCUUGAUGGAGAAACCAACCUUAAGACCCAUUUUUCUGUGGCAGAGACGUCGGUGUGCCAGUCGGUGUCCCAGCUGGAGGCCUUGCACGCCGUGGUGGAGUGUCAGCAGCCAGAGGCCGACCUCUACAGGUUUGUUGGACGUGUAACCAUCACGCAUCAGGGUGAAGAGAUCGUCCGACCGUUGGGUCCAGAGAACCUGCUGCUGCGAGGGGCCAGGUUGAAAAAUACCAAAGAAAUAUUUGGUGUGGCCGUUUAUACGGGGAUGGAAUCCAAGAUGGCGCUCAACUACAAGUGCAAGUCCCAGAAACGCUCAGCUGUGGAGAAGUCGAUGAACUCCUUCCUGAUCAUCUACCUGGUCAUCCUGCUGUCGGAGGCGAUCCUCAGCACCAUCCUGAAGUACGCCUGGCAGUCCGAAAACAAGUGGAACGAGCCUUUCUACAACCAGAAGACCGAGCAGGAGAGAAACAGCAGCCCGAUCCUUCAGUUCAUCUCAGACUUCCUGGCGUUCCUGGUUCUCUAUAACUUCAUCAUUCCCAUCUCGCUCUACGUUACCGUGGAGAUGCAGAAGUUUCUGGGCUCGUUUUUCAUUGGCUGGGAUAUGGACCUGUACCACGAGGAGAGUAACCAGAAAGCUCAGGUCAACACGUCUGACCUCAAUGAGGAGUUGGGACAGGUUGAAUAUUUGUUUACAGACAAGACGGGUACGCUAACAGAAAAUGAAAUGCGGUUCCGCGAGUGUUCGAUAAACGGCAUCAAGUACCGGGAGAUAAACGGCAGACUGUUACCAGAGGGGAUGACGGGGGAUUCGCCAGGCGGUUCUGCACCUCAGCUGAUAAGUGAGGAGUUAUUAUUCCUCAAGGCCGUGUCACUGUGUCACACCGUCCAAAUCAGCUACAACCAGUCAGAGUCCUGGCUGGGAGGGGAUCCGUUCUCCCACACCAACAGUUUCUCCUUCAGCCACAUGGAGUACUACGCCUCCUCGCCGGAUGAGAAGGCGUUGGUCGAGGCAACGAAGAGGAUUGGCGUGACGUUCACAGGCUGCAACGGGGACACCAUGGAAAUAAAUACAUUUGGGAAAUCUGAAAAGUAUAAACUGCUCCAUGUGUUGGAGUUUGAUCCAAACCGCAGGAGGAUGAGCGUCAUACUGCAGACUCCCUCAGGAGGGAAAGUGAUUUUCACAAAGGGUGCAGAGUCGGCCAUCUUGCCUUUCGCCACGACUGGAGAGAUUGAAAAAACCAGGCUGCAUGUGGACGAGUUUGCUUUGAAAGGUUUGCGUACCCUCGUUAUCGCUUGCCGCCACUUCAGUCCGGAGGAGUACAUCGUUGUGAACAAGCGGCUGAUGUUGGCUCGCACGGCUCUGCAGCGGCGUGAGGAGAAACUGCAGCAAGCUUUCACCUUCAUCGAAAACAAUCUGCACCUCCUGGGAGCGACUGGCGUCGAAGACAAGCUGCAAGACAAAGUCCCGGAGACGAUCGAAGUCCUGCGUCUGGCGGGAAUCAAAGUAUGGGUGCUGACGGGGGACAAACACGAGACGGCGGUCAGCGUCAGCUUGUCGUGCGGCCAUUUCCACCGAACCAUGAACAUCCUGGAGCUUCUGGAGCAGCGCUCCGACAACGAGUGUGCAGAGCAGCUCCGCCGGCUGGCAAGAAGGAUUAAUGAAGACCACGUCAUCCAGCACGGCUUGGUGGUCGACGGCGCUAGUCUGUCGUUAGCAUUGAGGGAACAUGAGAAGCUAUUUAUGGAAGUGUGUAAAAACUGCUCAGCUGUUCUCUGCUGCCGCAUGGCCCCGCUGCAAAAAGCAAAGGUUGUUCGUCUGCUAAAGACUUCUCCAGAGAAACCAAUAACAUUAGCUGUUGGGGACGGAGCCAAUGACGUCAGUAUGAUACAGGAAGCUCACGUAGGCAUAGGCAUCAUGGGAAAGGAGGGUCGUCAGGCCGUGAGAAACAGUGACUAUGCAAUCGCCAGGUUCAGGUUCCUGGCCAAACUCCUGCUGGUCCACGGCCACUUCUACUACAUUCGAAUUGCUACUCUUGUACAGUACUUUUUCUACAAGAAUGUGUGUUUUAUUACGCCACAGUUUUUAUACCAGUUCUUCUGCUUGUUUUCACAACAAACUCUGUAUGACAGUGUUUACCUGACACUGUACAACAUCUGCUUCACCUCGCUGCCCAUCCUGGUGUACAGCCUGUUUGAGCAGCUGAUCCACCCCGACAUCCUGCAGACUAAACCUGGCCUCUACAGAGACAUCAGCAAGAACUCUCUGCUGUCGUUCCGGACGUUCCUGUACUGGACGGUGUUGGGCUUCACUCACGCUUUUGUGUUUUUCUUUGGCUCCUACAUCCUGAUGGGGGAGGACACCUCACUCAUGAGCAACGGACAGAUGUUUGGGAACUGGACGUUUGGGACGCUGGUCUUUACUGUCAUGGUCAUCACCGUCACGCUAAAGCUUGCCUUGGAGACUCAGUUCUGGACCUGGAUGAACCAUUUUGUGACGUGGGGCUCAAUCGCUUUCUAUUUCAUCUUCUCUCUCUUUUACGGAGGCAUCAUCUGGCCGUUCUUGCACACCCAGGACAUGUACUUUGUCUUCGUCCAGCUGUUGUCCUGCGGCUCGGCCUGGUUCGCCAUCGUCAUCAUCGUCCUCACCUGCCUGUGUCCUGAAGUGAUGAGGAAGGUGCUCUACAGACACCUGUGUCCCACCAGCACACAGAAGAGCCAGUCUCUAUCCGCCCCCCAGGCGCAGCCCCUCAGCUGUGUGGAGUCCCUGUGCUGCUACCAACAUGGGCAAAGCGGCUGUUCCCGCCUGGCCCGCCUCCUGGAACAAAUGACGGGACAAUGCAAGGCCGGCGUCAACAAUUGCCACGCAUCCAGCCGCAGCAACAGGUCUUGGAGCGACACAGAGAACACCUACUCCAAUGACCGCACCAUCCUGACUCUGUCGCCCAUCGAGGCCAGCCGCUGUUGACUCCCACGGCCGCCACCCCUAACACACACACCGGUACCGUUUUACGAGCCCACUCCAGUUUAAAAUCAGUGGGAACCAGCCAGGAUUGGGUCCGUAGCUUCUUUGUGUCCCUGUGACUCACCGUUUCUUAGAAAGACUGAGACGAGCACCAGAGGAAACGAAACGGGUCGCUCUGGUUUUGCCGUCUCCCGUCGGAAGAUACGAUCAGCCCACGAACAGGAAAUAUCAGAUUCCUGAAAGAUGAUCCGAAAAACACAUUUAAAAAACAAGGAAGGCAUCGGUUUCUUUCCUCUGGACAGAAAACAGACCUGAAUCUUAGAAAACUAAUCUGAUCCAGACUUUUGUCUUUUCUACAAAUGUUGCCAACACUGCAAAAACACAAAAUCUUACCGAGGAUUUUUGGUCAAGUUUCAGCUGCAAAUAUCUUAGUACAUUUGAAUUAAGACAAAACUAACUUACAAGAAACUUUUCCUCAAGAUACAGAAGCUUUUAUAAAGUGAAUGAUUCUGUAAUAUUGAUCGACUAGUUCCAUCGGAUGAUACGAUAUUUAAGGGCCACACUAAAAGAUUAAACUGCCAGAAUAAAGUUGUAACACAAGAAUAAAGAACUUUAUUCUUGUGUUAUUUUGACUUUAUUCUUGCUCGAAUUUAUUUUCAAAAUGUAUUUUUAUAUUUUUCUUAGUUUGGCCCCAACACUCUGUUUUAAGCAGAUUAUUUAAAUUGUAACAAGACAUUUUUCAGAAGAUAAACUGCCAGUGGAACUCUUUCAUUAAUAUAACUGAAAUAUUGACUUAAAACAAGCUCCUACUUCUUGCUGAAAAGUUACUGGUAAUUUUAGUUUUGUCUUAAUUAAAGUGAACUAAGACCUUUGCAGUUGAAACUAGACAAAAAUACUUGGUAAGUUUUUGUUUUUGCGGUGAGAAAUGCUCGGAGCUCAGCUGAAGAUCCCGCUACUUCCAGGAAUCUGUCUGAUCCACUGCUGCACCUUGAAACGCCCGGUCAGACGGGAACGAGUUCUGUAGCAUCCAGAGGUUCUGCCGGGACCUGCAACACAAUCCACUGUGGUACCAAAGACCCACCGGAUCAAGACUGGACUGUAGCUCUAUUUUUGUGCCUGAUUGAAGCUGAUAUAGUUGUAGUUAUUUUUUUGUGCCCUCUUGACUCCCCGGAUGAGGCCGGACGUUUAAAAAAAGCCAUAUAAUUAAUCCAAGUGAUGGAACUGCAGAUGAAAGCUGUUAGAGCCUCUUGUUUCCUUGUUCGCUGCACUGCAAAAACACAAAAUUUCACCAGGUAUUUCUGGUCUGGUUUCUAAUAUAAAUAUCUCAGUACACUUAAGGUAAGACACACCUAACUGACCAGUAACACUUCAGGAAGAUAUAGGAGCGUUUUUAACUCAGUAAUGCCUUAAUAUUGAUGAAAAAAUACAAUUCAUAAGGGAACUAAUCUACCAGUGGAACUAGACAUUUAAGAUGGAAAAACAUCUUGUUUAUUUCAAUUGUUUCACUUAUAACUAGCAGUUUUCAUGAAUAUUAAAGAGUUAUUGUCUUAAAACAAGCUCAUAUAUUGUGCUGAAAAGCUGCUUGUAAAUUGGUAACAUUUGCACUGGAAACUAGGCCAAAAUACUUUGUAGGAGUUUGUGUUUUUAAAGUGAAAAAGGCCUUUUCUCCAUCAGCCUGGCGACCAAAAGCCUCUUAGCGUUACAGAACCACAAACUGCAGGGAUUAUUUUAAAGAUACAAGGCAGGAAAACGCAUAACCAGGUUCUGUUACAGGUUCUGCGUAAUGGUGAGCAGCUUUUGGAAGUCGAUGUUGAUGCUCUUUAACACUGCAAAAACACAAAAUCUUACCAAGUUUGGUUUAGUUUCUAUUGCAAAUAUUAUUACAUUGAAUUAAGACAAAACUGUUUACAAUCAACUUUUCAGCAAAAUGUUGGAGCUUGUUUAAGUCAAUAAUUCCUUAAUAUUAAUAACAUAUAUGAAUCAGUUCGACGGCGCUUGCGCCGUUACCUAGCAACCCCAGGCAAGCCCAGCCCAUCUCCUAGCAACCGAGUUCUAAUUCCACUGGCAAAUUAUUUCACUUGUAACAAAACAUUUUUCCCAUGUUAGAAGUGAAACUUUUUCAUCAGUGUUUUGUUCUGGACUCAAAACAAUCUUCUGUAUCUUGCUGAGAAGUUUCCUGUCAGUUAGUUUUGUCUCAGAUUAAGUGUACUUAGAUGUUUGCACUAGAAAUUAAAUCAAAUUAGUUGGUAAUAUUUAGUGUUUUUGCGGUGAAAGUAGACAGAAGAAUGUUUUCAUGUUCAGGAAAAUUCCUUCAGAAAGAAAAGCUGAGCGUUUGCACAAACCACAUAUCAAAAAUAUCACAUUUUCUUGCUUCUCAUUGCUUUGAAAGAAAUUCAUUAACACCUUCUUAGAAAUCAUUCAUGUCACGUUUUUGCUGUUAUUUUCUUUUGGCCACAUAUGUUUCCUGUGUGCGUGUGUGUGUGUGUGGGUGUGUGUGUGUGUGUGAGUGUGAGUGUGAGUGUUAAGGCUUCCUGAAGGCUACUAAUUCCCACCAAGACGACUAACUGGUUUAAACUGGACACCAGUAGCCUCAGCACACCCAGGAAGAACAGGAAUCAGUUUCCAUUUGCUAAUUAUUUGAAUAUUGUUGUUUAUUUUCUGUAAGAAAUACAAACGGGUGCGACUGAUGAUGGGAGGGUGUAUUUAUUAUAGCUGUAAAAGUUUUUUUUUUGUUGUUGCAUAUAUCACCUCAUUGGUUCAUGGAGUUUAAAGGUAAAUGUCCGGUUUGAAUAAUUAAAUGAUAAUUUACUAAAAUGCUCUUUCAACCAGCUGACCUCAUAGUUGCUGACCAGGAUGAACCUUCAUUCAUUGAUGCUGUUUAAAUAAAAUUAUCAAGUUUCUUGGAGCGUUUUGUGGAAAGCAGUUGAAUCAAGUCUCCUGAAAGUAUUUUUGUGACAUUAAAAGCAGUUAAAGUGGACUUGAAGCCAAUCUUUCCGUAGUAGAACCAACUGAGUGAGUUGCAUCAUGGGUAUUGUAGUUCACAUGAAGCAUUCUUACGAUCUUACCUGCCUGAAGGUAGAUAUAGAUGCUCCAUUAAUGGGAAGUGUUGUAAUUAAAAACUGUUCACAGAAAACUAAAAUAUUACUAAAGAUGAUUAAAAGAAACGUUUAAUACAAAAACAAUGUCAUCAAUUAAACGCCCUAAGAUUGUGGCUAAAGAAGCUAGUUGCUCUGAAUGAUCCAACCAAUCACAUUAAGGGAAAGUUUACCAGAAGAAAAAAGGUGUAAAGGCCGUUUUUCAGUGUGUCUGUACAUCCUUAAAAAGUCUUGAAUUCAUUUAUGGAAAAUGUUAGUUUAAAUAUGUGAAUUUUUUUGAAAGUUUUCCGUUAAACACAGGUCUUAAAUUUUGUUGUGAGAAUUUUCUGACAGUUGAUCAGAAGUCGUUUGUUUUUUCCACUUUCUCGUUUCUGUUGGCCCAUACGAUGCUAAUGUUCAUUCUGAGUAAAAAUUGAAUUAAAUUUAAAAAGUGCGGCACGACCAUAUAAAAUGUGUAAUUUUAUGUCUUAAAUUUUAUUCACAUGGGUCUUAAAAUGUCUUAAAUGCGAGUUGGUGAAACUGGCAGAAAACGUGACUUUUUCUUUUUUUUUUUCUCUGCCACAGGUUUUCCUUCCACUUAACUAUCCAUUAAUAAAUCUUACAUACUCUGAAGAGCCAGGUUUUUUUUGCAGUUAGCUUUUAUGGCUUUACUCUCUUUGUAGAUUGUAGCUAUGACUAACAGCUGGACAAAUGUCAAGCAUUUUAGGUUUUGAUAUUCUUAAACCAACAAAACACAUUUUUCAUAAAACAUCUGCUGGAGUUUCAUUUUUCUAAUUUCAGUUGGUUUAAAUUUUUACAAGCUGUUAAAAUUUGGACCUUUCUUAGUUUUACUGUAUCGAUUGGACAUCCGGACAGUUUUAAAAACCUUUUAUGGCUCGGUUUAAGAUGUAAUGUUUGAAGUGUUUAAACUCUACAGUUCCCAUCAUGCAACUCAAAAGCAUCUUUUAUCUGACAGACGGUUGUUUCCUGUUCCUCAUUUCCUGUUAAACAUUUCUGUUUAAAUGGUGGGUUCCCCUUUUAUCACAAUAUUUGCAUCUGAACGAUGAAAGCGAUCAGGGAUCGUUCCUUUUCCUUCUUUAAUGUAAUCAGAAAUCCAGCUCUUUUUUUGUUUUGUUUGUUUUUUGGCUGUGUGGAAAACAAAAUCCAGAGAUUUGCUUCAAACUGUUUACAUCUCUCAGAAAUCCAUCGGGACUAUAGAACCGUCUCCAGGUUCGGAUGUUUCUUAUUUCUGCAUUGAUGUUGCUGCUGUACCUUUUUCUCCAUGAAGUUUGCAGAUGGAGGAUGAGGGCAGAACCAUACAUGAAGCUGCAGAUCUAAUGCCCCCUGGUGGCCAGAGUGAGUAGAGCUGCUGGCCAAAAAUAGCUAAAAAUAAAUAUUGCCAGGUGUCCACACAUACUUAAAAAGUCUUCAAUUUGUCUAAAUUAAGGCUUUAAGGCAUUUUCUUGUGAGAUUUUUUUUGUCAGGCAAAAGUUCGAGUUGUUCAGUGACUCGAUACGGUUGAGGCUACCCCUAACUAGUAGCUACAGUAGUUAACUAUGUUAGCAGCUAGUUGGCACUUGCUAGCUAGAUCUCUAUCAAGGGUAAGUACAAAUUAUUUGCCAUUUGGUACAUUUCUCUGGAGACAUAGGUCUUAAAUUGUAUUCAUAAUGACCUUUAAAUGUCUUCAAAACGGGAGGUUACUCAGAUUGUUCUUCAAUAUUUCAUCAUCCAACAGAAAUAAAUUAUGAUGCUUCCUUUUAUUAGCCUCUGACUUCUCCCCUCUGCUAUCUUUGAUUGAAUUUAGAUAUUUGUGUAAUAUAACCUAGCCAAGUUUGAACUUUAUGGCCCAAAACAAACAAAAUGCAUUUUAAAAGGUUUAAUCAAAUUAAGGUUUCCUUAAUUGAAUCAUGAGAAGCGGAAUGAAAGUGUCAAGCGUCGUGUCAUGAGUUAUCAAUUUAUCAGAAUAAUUUAACUGAUAAAUUAUUUUGUCCUGUCUGUUUUCAUUAGAGCUAAAAUAUUAUUUACUAAAUAAAUACAUUUUUAUGAGAA